AUUAUUUUUUAUUUCCCCUUAUAUUUCUGAAGGUCCUUCACUCCACUAUAGGCCUAUCAAUAGGCCUAUGUCACUUGAAAUUAAAUAACAAAACCUGCUGGUUAACCUUACUUCCUAGCACCUUUGAUUAUUUUGUGUCAUUCACUGAUUGAUGUUAGAAAGAUGAAAGCGCAUAAUUCUGUGAUAUGCUAAUUAUUCUGUUGAAGUCCAUCGUUCUACCUUAUCAAAGAAGUUUCAGCUCUUCGCGGAACUCUCGCUGGUUUCAGUGGCGUGGUCAACAUGUUCAAGCAGAACUUUCUUGGUAGGUAACCGAUAUUACAUUUGUUUAUUAGGUAGGCUAUAUAAAAAAACACAUCAUACAAAACUGAGAACAAAUAGACAAGUUAUUCACUCCAGACACUGAGUAAAUGCCAUGCGAUAUUGGGUUACUUUAGGCCUAUACUUUAUCUGGCAUAAGGCAAUCUGAGCUACAGUAUGUACUGUACUGUAUGUACCUGCAUGCCUAAAACGGAAAUUCAUAUAGCGUAUCAUUCUUAGAUUCCAUUUCCAUAAUAUUUAACAACAUGCCCUAGUUAUUGAUCUAUUCGGUUAAGCCUACAACUGCAAAACGGGGAACACAAAGUUUAAACAUGUAGUCUAUGAAUUUGCUUAUUUCAUAGGCAAAUAACUAUUGGGUGUAAAACUCUUAACUCCAAACAAUCCCACAGAUAAUUCCAUACAAACCACUGUAAAUACUUUAGUCCCACGUCAUUUCUUAAGGCUUAAACAAUCACUUGACUUCAAUCAAUAGACAUGAUAACACCAUCAGAGCAAUAUCCUUUGAAUCAAAGCUUUUCAUAAUGGACAUCAGAGCGUCUUCAAAGGUUAAUUGGACUUUGAUGCGGAGUGUCACAUUACGCGUCCCAUUAUCAAAACAAAAGGAAAGUUAUUGAUCUAUAAUGAGGUAUUUGAUCGUCUUAUUCCUUAAGUCCAAACCAUGUAGUCCUAGGCCUAUAAGUAUGUGAAGAGUUUAUAAGGCAUCAUAACCUCCGAGACAGACAGAGCAGACACAAGUCAAGGAUUCACCCAAACUGAUAGCACUAUUUCUACUUGACUUUCUCCGGAUCGGUUCUUUUUUUGCACCAUGGAGGUCAAGUUCUCCAACUUUUCCAUCGACCACAUUCUGGACAAAUCUGCCGAAGUGACUCCGCGUCCCUGGCCGAUUGACAACUACACGGACGGCGGUUCUUCUCCAGCCCAGAGAGGUGAUCUCUACCACUCUGCCCAGCCGGCAGGUCUGAACGGAUUCUGCACAUACGGGAUGCAAAUUGGUAUUCCAGUUUACCAGGUCAGCCCUCAAGCGUACUCAUUCUGCAGUGCCUGUUGCUACAGUAGGCCUGCUCCUUCCAACAUCAGCACCUUUUCCCCAGGCCAUUCGGAGGCAUACGCGUAUGAAACAGGGUCUCAAACUGAUCAGAUGUGCUGCCCUCAUGCAGUCAAUCCCCGACACCGAAGCAGGAUGCGCACAGUGUUUACUGAGUGCCAGACGAAACAACUGGACCAUCUCUUUAGUAUGACCGACUAUCCUAGCGUGGAAGCCCGGGCAGAGCUGGCUAGAAACACCGGCCUCACUGAGGAAACAGUUAGGGUGUGGUUCAAGAAUCGUCGUGCCCGACGGAAGAGACAGAACACCAGGGUCAAGAGUCCCGAAUCUUACAGCGAGGACCAAGAGGAGACACAUUGGGGUCGCGAGGAGACGAACGGUAUCCAGAGAAUGUCUAACGUCCUGUAGGCCUAGAGAUACCGAAUAGGCCAAUCCUAUACGGAGUCAUUACUUGCUUUUGCCUCAUCUUAAUUUAUUUGUUUAGCACAGCGUCAUUUAUCACGUUUGGAAAUGGACUGUUGCGUUCACUUGUGUAAUUUGUUAUAUUUAAAAUAAACUGACUUUAUUGACCACACUUGUUACUUUGUUGCUUUACAUCAUUAUGCUAUCUUCGUAAAAAAUAAACAAUUCACUCCCAUUGUUUUAAAAAAACAUCAAACUUUUAUUAGUGUCCACGGUCAGUAUAUUAAUUAUAAGCAUUUCCAUGCUGGUACACAGUUGGAAAAAGAUAUAUCAUGA